AGUGAGUGACCACGAGUACACAUACUACAUACACAAGAACGGAUAAUAAGACGUCGUUUCGGAGACCCGACAUAGGGGAAGGAUGGACGUGGAACUGGUCACACGGGCGUCCUUGAACUCGUUGCAGAUGGUGGACGACGCAAGGAUCGUCUCGCCGAGCAGUCUCGACGAGUGGAGCUGGUCGAACUUACGAGAACAGUUCAAAUACAAGAGCCUAGAGAAGCUGUUCACGGUCUACCAGAGGAGGCUUCAGUAUGGUUAUCUGUCGCUCUUCGUUCUAUUGCAAUUGGCGCUUGGUACCACGUAUUGUUUGAUCCUGGUCACAAUGGUCAGCAUCGAGAACUGCGUGCCGGACGUCGUGGUCUGCAUCGUCGGCAGCGCGUUGCUCUGCCCGGUGAUCGCCCUGUCCUUCCGUUCGAAGCUAAUCGCGAGGAACAACUAUCUGCCGGUCAUGCUGUCCUGUCUGAUCGUGGUGCUGCUUGUGGUCGGCGAUCUGGCUGUGCCCAUGUACUACACCCUCACCUACACGGAUGUCAUACCGCCGAUAAGACCGGCGUACGCAACGCACGCGCUGCUGGCCUGCUACGUCUUCCUACCGCUCACGGAGAAUCUGCACGCUUUCAUACUCGGGAUCACCGCAACCAUAUGCUACCUGGCCACGCUCUCGUUAAUCACUUACAGCAACACGUCCGAUUACGCCGCCAAGAUAAUCACAGACACGAUAUAUUUUAUUUGCGUGAAUGGCCUAGGAUUGUACUUCAGGUUCAUGAACGAGGUUGUGAUCAGGCGGUCCUUCCUCGAUCGUCGGAAAUGCGUCGAGUCGACGCUGAGAUUGAAUUACGAGAAAGAUCAGGAAGAGCAACUGACGCGGAGUAUAUUGCCGCAGCAUAUAGCCGCGAAGAUUAAAAAAGAUUUCCGUGACAUAAUCAAGUUCAUUGAGGAGCACAAGAAGCCUCCGCCCAAAGGACGACCCCACAAUGAUAUGUGCGUCGAGACACACAACAACGUGAGCAUUUUGUACGCGGACGUGGUGAAUUUUUCCGGACUGACCGUGACCUUGCCGGUUCGAAAGCUGGUAGAAACGCUGAACGAUCUGUUUGGUAGCUUCGACGAGGCAUCCGAGAGGCACAAUGUCCUGCGGAUCAAGUUCUUGGGUGAUUGUUAUUACUGCGUGAGCGGUGUGCCCACACCGAAUUCUCAACACGCGAAAAGCUGCGUGGAUCUAGGACUGGACAUGAUAAAGAUCAUCAAAGAGGUGAGAGCCAGGGUACGCCGGGAGAGCGGCGUGGAGGUGAACAUGCGGAUAGGGGUCCAUUCGGGGAACAUAAUAUCUGGUAUUCUGGGCACGAACAAAUGGCAGUACGAUGUUUGGUCACGCGACGUGGUUAUAGCCAAUAAAAUGGAGCAAACGGGGAAACCCGGUAAGGUGCACGUUACGCAACAGACGUUGGAUCUCGUGGACGCGACCGAGUACGAUUGCGUGCCGGUCGAGUCCUUGAACGACGAGAUUCUGAAGAAAUACGGGAUCCGUAGCUACCUGAUCACACCUUCGUGCCCCGACGAGCCACUGCCUACGCAGAACAGCGAGAACACCUUGACGGUCAUGGCUCCGGAUUCCCCACCGGUGGCGAACACACAUUACGUGAGAUUCUACAACGUACGGUCCAGCAGCGUCAACUCCGGCUCUAGAAACAGCAGACGGCUGACCACUACUAUAAAUAAUCAUGUUGACGUGCUGGCCGGCACUUACAGACGGCGAACACACUUUAUGGAUUCAUGUCUGAAGGAUUAUCAUCUGAUGCUGAAAGCCGCGGACGCCGAGAUGGAGGAUGCCAUUAAGCAAAUGCCACUCACCAAGUGGGAACAAUGGUGCAGAUGGAAACACAUAAACCCAUUACUGUUAACGUUUCGUCAAUGGAGCUGGGAGAUACCGUUUCUAAAGGAACCCGAUCCACUUUUCAAAUUUUACAUCUGCUCCGCCGGUUUUGUUCUAAUCUUUAUGGGACUCAUUUAUUUGGUACCUACGCUUUCUUACUCCGAGUGGCACGUGGGCACAGCGAUCACCUAUUCGGUGGCGAUGCUGUUCCUAAUCGUUUUGAUGCCAAUCGCCUGGAUGCAUUUCGCGUGGAACCGAUACAAGGAUCCACACGGCGAGCAUGAGGGCCAGAUUCCCCAUCCACGUAACAAAAUAUUGUGUUUUCUUUAUCACAGCAGCGUGAAGGUGGUGUGGAGCGCUUAUCUUAGGACCAUUCUCUACUUGGUCAUAACGAUCAUGUUAGCCGCGUGUGCCAUGUUUGAUAUGAUUUUCGAAUGCAAGAACGUGAACGAUCUUGCGAGUAAUAACGUAACGUCCAGCGUAGUAGAACCCGGUGCUGCUCAGCUCGAGUGCGUGGCUACACCUUGGCAAAUGACGCAAACCUGCUCCUUGGCAAUCCUAACGAGUUUUUUGUUUCUGAGAGUCCAUUAUCUCCUAAAGCUAGUAAUAGGCAUCGCUGUAGUGGCAUUUUAUUCGAUCACUGUUUGGAUACAUCGUUCGAAUUUGUUCCAGUCUGGAGAAAGGUGGAAUCCACACUUAGAACCGAGACUGGCACACAUUUUAAGCGUAGUUUUUCUUACAUUUUCUUUGCACCUCAUUGAUCGUCAGGCGGAGUACUUGAGUAGGCUAGAUUACCUUUGGAAACGUCAGCUAACGAAGGAACAGGACGAGGCGUUUCAUACGAGGAACGCGAAUAAACUUUUGCUUCGCAAUAUCUUGCCAGAACACGUUGCGGACUUCUAUUUGAACAUGAACCGAAUCGAAGAAAACGAGCCAUAUCAUGAAGCACAUAACAAUGUAGCAGUCAUGUUUGCUUCAUUAACGGAUGUGAGCAUUGAUGAGAGUAACAUUCUGGUAGAUCUCAAUGAAAUCAUCUGUGAAUUCGAUAAAUUAUUGUUCGAAUCGCAGUUCGUUUGUCGAAUCGAGAAGAUCAAGAUUGCUGGCACCACGUACAUGGCAGCCUGCGGAUUAGAAGCCAGUCGACGGGAUUCAAUGCACAGUGCGGAAAGCGAUGAAAAUUUUGGCGACAACGUGGUCAAAGUGAUGGCUCAGUUUGCCGCUGAAAUGAUAGCAGUUCUUGACAGGCUGCAUAAUAGACCCUUUCGUACAAAGAAACCCUACAGAUUGAGAAUUGGAAUAUCUCAUGGAGAGGUCACAGCAGGCGUAGUGGGUGCUCAGAAGCCGUUGUAUGAUAUUUGGGGGGACGCUGUGAAUAUGGCGUCGCGGAUGGACACAACAGGUGUCCCGGGAAAGAUACAGGUUACCGCGGAAACCGCAGCCGUCCUGGAGCAACAGGGCGUCAAGUGCCACCUUCGAGGAGAAACAUACGUAAAACCAAAGGGAUACGUGACGACCUACUUCGUGGGCAUGGACGAGCACCGAAAGCUUCAGAGAACCGACUCUGUCGAGGAAACCAGUCUGUGAUCCUUAUCGCGAUACUGACACUGAACGGAUCAACCUGUCUUUGGUCACGGUGAUUCACGGUGGCCGACGAAUCAUGUGUGAAAGUGAGAUAUUAGGUACCUAAGUGAACACGGAGGAACAGGAAGAUAAACCAAAGAGAACC